UGGUAGAAUAUUUUCACUAAAAUAAAUGUCUGAAGAAACAAAAUAGCAAUCAAUUCUAGGAUUCGGCGAUGCAUAACUCAAAAAUAAAUGAGAAAAGUUAAUUGGGCAUUGGUUGCCCAAUGCAUUUAAACUCUUGCUGUGAACACGUGAUUCACACUCGGCCAGGUCAUGUUUUCUGACAAAAAAAAUUCAAAAAGCGGUGGGUACUUAAAUCCUGCAAAAGAAAUGCGUUUAGCACUAUUUAGUAGCUACACACGUUAUCCGCUCAGUCCAUGCGAAACAAAUCGUGUGAACAACAAUUUUCAACAAUCGGUGUGCCUUGUUUCAUUUUACUUUCUCUUUUGUUUCCUCCCCAUUCCAAGAGGUGCAGAAUAUAAAUUCAUCAUCUCUAUGUUCCUUCUUCACUCCUUCCUGCUGUUCUCACCAACAUCCGAACUCCCUCUCUAUCCCACCACUCUGAUAUAGAUCCUACAAUUUCCCUCUCUUGCAACCCCAUUAUUAUGGACCUUGCCACCAUUUUUGCCCCAUCAAGUGACAACUCUCGCAUCCCCAACUGUUUUCCUUCCCUUGCCACUAACCCCUCUAAUGGCAAUCCCUUCCACAGUCCAACUUCAAAGGCUGCUAUAGCAUCUCUUGAAAACAUAAAAGUAAACUCUUCAUUUCUAGAAAAAGAUCCAAUUAGUUGUUGCCAAAUUUGCAAAAGUGAGUUUGUGUUAGAUCUAGAACUUAAGAUGCUUCCAUGUAAGCAUGUGUACCAUUCAGAAUGCAUUUUGCAAUGGUUAGAGACAAAGAACACAUGCCCAGUUUGUCAAUUCCAGCUGCCAACAGAGGAGGAUGAGGAUUAUGAUUUGCAGGGGUUGCCAAGAGGUGAGAAUUUUAUAGGGACAAUAAUUGCAGAGGAAUUGUUGAAUGGUGAAGAGGAGACAGAGGAAGACUUGAUGCAUUUUCAUGAUCCACCGACACCUGUUUCGGUGAUGCCUAGGUAUCGUCGAUUGCCAAGAGGUGAGAAUUUUAUAAGUACAAUAAUUUCAGAAGAAUCGUUGAAUGAUGAGGAGGACUUGUUGCCUCUGGAUCCACCGAGACCUGCUGCGGUGAGGCCUAAUCUCACCAUGAUGAAUGACUGGUUGCCAGGAGGUGAGAAUUUUAUAGGGGAAGAAUUGUUGGAUGAUGAGUACUUCAUGCAUUUUCAGGAUCCAUCGACUCCCAUUGUGAUGAUGCCUAAUCUCACCAUGAUGAAUGAUUGGUGGCUUGAUUUUACCAUGGUAGACCAUUUGAGGAGUCAGAGCAGCGACACUCUGGCCCUGACAAGUGUCAGUGUGAGUUUCAGUGAGAUUAUGAAUUGUCUACUCAUUAGCUUCCAUCAGCUUGUGAUGGACACUGAGUUUGAAAGCAUGGAUCUUGAAAGCGUGGAUCUUUUGGUGUCAAUGGCGAACAUUGGUGAGAAUGAUUAUGGUGUUGGAGUAAUGGCCAAUGUGAAUGGUUAAUAGUGGUAGUGCUCUGGAGAUGAAGGGGAUUCACUGUAAGAUCUUGAAGUUGGCAAGGUUUGUAUUUUGUUCCAACAGAACCUAAGUAUGAUUUGCUGUAUUUUGCAGAUGAUAUUCUAUACUUGUGCUUUAAUUUUGCAGUGAAAUAGUUGACUGUCUAAUAGGUCUGUGGACUAUGGGUGAAUAGCUAAAGUUUCUGAAUGAAAUAUAUAUCAUGUCAUUGCUUGAAACAGGAUGUGAUAUUGAUCUAAUCAUUAAGGCUUGGUGUAGAUGUCCACAUCUUGGUUUUACUGUUACCUGUAAUAUGAGUUAUGCUGUUAAAAUUCACCCAUUCUUAGUCUAAUUGGUAUAUUUCCCUUCCUUUUAAAGAUUUGAUCCUGAAUGUUAUCAUAAUAUCAUGUUAAGGUCCUAACUUGUCAUGUUCCUUCCUGUCAUUCAAUGGCUUGAGCACAACUCAACUUGGAAAAUGCUUACUUACACCCUAGGUAUACAUAGCCUCGUACACCCUAACCCUAUCAACAACAUUAGGUCCCUUUGUAUAGAAGUUAUAUAGUCGUGUUUAUUUAGGGCUGCUGUAAUAAGUUAUUGUUAAUUGUUUCAAGGCUUUAGUGAUUGUUAAUUCAUUUAUUGUGUAUGCAUUAGUUCAUUGUUUGUAUUACAUUCUAUAUUUAUUGUAUCAAGCAAAAAGGCAUAUGUGCGCGCACAUGCAUACUAAUGUACUAAUGAGUGAAGCACUCCAUCUUUGGGUUAUUAUAUGCAUGCUAUUUUUACAUGAUCUUGUGAUUCUUCUGAUAAGUAUUUGAAAUAAGACAGAUUGAUAACUCUUCGGGGGGCUGUAUAAAUCCUCUCCCCUAGAUUCCGCAAGACACAGUAGCCUUUCACACUGGGAAUAAAUAAUUUUAACAACCUUCAAACCAACACUCGUGCUUUAUAAAUUUUCUGGGGUUGUUUGUCUUGGAACAAUUUGCUAUUCUAGUUCUGUAAUCAUAUAGUUAUAUAUACUCAGUUGUUGAAAAUCACAUUAGAUUGUAUGGAUAUGUGUUGAGAGUUGUGCUUGAGCACAUUUCCCUGCCUUUUCAUGUUGGUACUGCACCAAAAUGCAAGGUUGGGUUGUUGAACUGACAUAUAAGCCUCAAUUUGUGCUAACCGUGAAUUGGUUAUGUUAUGAACCUAUUUCAUUACCAUAGAAGGAUGCUUCUAUUCUUUUAUGCUAUCAGGAACUUCACAUGGCAGUAACGUAUUCUUCACCUGUGAGUGCUGCAACAUGAAACAUUCUUAUCUUGUUCUAAUUAUGGUUUAAAAGCUGUUUCUGUCUCUUUGCACUUGCCUAAGGCAAUUAUGCAAGAGUAUAUGCUUUAUUUCACAUUGCUGCCAUAGAAACUAUGACACUACAGAUUAUAUGCCUCUAUCACAUUUAUCAGGUAUCUGUAUGCCAUUGAUCUCAGGCCCUAAUUUAACUUAUUUUUCAUCUUCAUUGU